CCGAAUUACCGCCUCUCUGAGAUCUGAAAGCAUGUAACGGCCAAGAGAACUGAACAACUUCAAACUCCGAAGUUCAAACUCUCUCGUUUCAGUCGAAGCUCUAUCUUAUUCCUGUCUCUCUAAUUUGCAAUUAGGGCUUUCUCCACUCACUAUGAAAACGCAUCGCAAGCUCAAGAAACAUGAUAAAUCAUCAAAGCUAGUUUUGGAAGAGAUUAUAGGGUUGACGACGAAGAAUGGAAAUGGAUUGGCUUCGAACAUCUCGUCCGCGAAUUUUGCCUACAUGGCGGGUUGUGUCGUGGUGGUUUACAAUGUGGGUUCAGGCACUCAGUCUCACCUCACGGUGUCUCAUCGAUUGCCUAAGCCUUUGAGCUGUGUUGCAAUGUCAACGGAUGGGCGUUUUGUCGCAGCUGGAGAGUCAGGGCCUCAACCUGCCGUGCUAGUGUGGGACUGCACCUCUCAGGCUUUUGUAUCUGAAUUAAAAGGUCAUCUCUAUGGGGUUGCAUGCAUUGCUUUCUCACCUGAUGGAAAACAUCUUGUGUCUGUUGGGGGAUACAUAUACCUUUGGGAUUGGCGGAGUGGAACGUUGGUUACUAAGCUUAAAGCAAAUUCAUCUUGUUCUGCGGUCUCUUCUGUUAACUUCUCAAGAGAUGCAAAAUUCAUUGUUACUGCUGGGAAGAAGCAUUUGAAGUUCUGGAAAGUUGGAUCAUCUCCAAGGACUCGCCUAAAUGCAGGGACAGGAUCACUGGCAAUCCAUGGAAAGCCUGUUGACCUUGGACCUCAGAAAGGAAGCUCAUUCGUAUCUGUUACGUCCCGUUUCUGGAGUGGUGGUAGUUUUGUAAACGGUGAACAGGCUAGCGACCUUUUUCCUAUCUAUGCACUGACCGGGACAGGUGUUCUGUGCCUCGUACAUUCAGGAUUCUCACUGAGAAAAUCAUUCGAUUUAAAGGUACGAAAAGGUUUUUCAGUAUCUUCAUCAAACAAGCUAGUUGCUUGUGCAUGCAGUGAUGGAAUAGUACAACUCUUAGCCAGUGAAACUCUCAAAUAUGAAGGAAGUGUUAUAUAUUCAAAGUCCAAAAAAAGCCUAGGAGAAAUUGAUGUCGUUUGCUGUUCUAAAUCUGCUGAAAAGGGUAUUCAAAUUUCUCCUGCUCUUCCAGAUGCAAUUGCUUGUCAGUUUUCAACCUCAGAUAAGCUUGUUGUUGUUUAUGAAGACCAUAGUCUCUAUCUUUGGGACAUUCAUGAUGUGAAUCAGGCAACCCGUUGUUGUGUGCUAGUUUCACAUUCUGCAUGCAUAUGGGAUAUCAAGAAUCUCUGUUGUGAAAACAUGCAUGAUCCAUCUCUUGCAUGUGUGGCAAGAGGUUGUUCUGGUGGAGUUUCUUUUGCGACUUGCUCGGCAGAUGGCACUAUAAGGUUAUGGGAUCUUUUUUUGCAACCUAAUCCAUCAGAAGAUGCUGCAAACCAUCAUUCUCUUGAUUUUGGACCUGUGGGUACAACACAUUUAGUAAGUGCAGGGAUUUUUGAACGUGAUUCUGUGGAGGCGGGUGUUGGCACUCAAGAAUUUCGGUCUUUGGCAAUUAGUUCAGAUGGCAAGUUUCUCAGUGCUGGUGAUUGUGAAGGAAACCUUCAUAUCUAUAACCUACAAACUUCUGAAUAUACCUGCUUUCAGGGUGCUCAUGACGCAGAGAUCCUCUCAUUGAGCUUUAGCCUCUCAAGCAAAAGAGUUUCUGAAGAAGCCAUGGAUAGCCAGUCCUUCCUUGUGUCAGGGGGCCGGGAUCGAAUGAUCCAUCUUUAUGAUGUCAAAAGGAAUUUUGAUCUUAUUGAGAGCAUCGAUGAUCAUUCAGCUGCUGUGACUUCUGUUAAGAUUGCUUGCAAUGGCUGUAAGAUUCUCAGUUGCAGUGCUGAUAGGUCUUUGGUGUUUCGUGAUGUUGCUACAACAGAUAGUGGUCAUAUGAUUUCGCGUCAUCAUCAUCUAAUGGCAUCUCUUGGAACUGUGUAUGAUAUGGCUGUAGAUCCAGCAGCGGAGACUGUUGUUACAGUUGGGCAGGAUAAGAAGAUAAACACAUUCGACAUUGCUGCUGGGAAGCUAAUUAGAUCAUUCAGGCAUGAUAAAGAUUUUGGAGAGCCGAUUAAGGUUACUAUGGACCCAAGCGGCAGCUAUCUGGUUUGCUCCUACUCUAACAAGUCCAUCUCUGUAUAUGACUUUAUCAGCGGAGAGAUGGUUGCUCAAGCCAUGGGACAUGGUGAAGUUAUAACUGGUGUCAUCUUUGUACCUGACUGCAAGCAUAUAAUAUCUGUAGGUGGUGAUGGUUGUAUAUUUGUAUGGAAAGUGCCUGCUCCUUUGUCUUCUAGAAUGCUGCAGAAAAUGAAGGAAAAUUUAGGUUCAUUGUCUCCAUCAAGCUUGGCUCAGUCAGUAGAUUUUAGUCAAAUAUUAUUUUAUGAAGAGAAGGACGAGCAAAGCAGAAUCAAUGCUGUAGAUGUGUUGUUGCGGGGGAACUCCAACCAGACAGGAAAAAAAAUCCCUUGUCAAAGUGAGGGGCAUCGAGAGACCUCGACAUUUAAAUUUAGUAUUUCUAGACUUCCAAGAUGGGCACAGGCCAAAGUAAAAAUCUCUGAUAUUGUCCCUACUGAGCUUAAGUUCACUUUAUCCCAGCAAGUAGACCAGAAAUAUUUCUCUCCAGUUGGUGAUGGCCAUGGAUAUGCUUCCAUGUCCCCUGAAGCUCAAAUUUUAUAUAUGGGAGGCAGUGAGUCAUGCAUCAGUAGCUUGCCCAAAAGUUCUCCCAAUACUAACAAAAGUGAAAGUUCUCCAAUACCUCAAGAAACUCCUAGCAUGUUUUCCAUGGACAAGCGUUGGCGCUCCAUUUAUACUGUGUGUCUGGAUCUACUUAAUUCACCUGAGAUGCGGACUUUAAUGGACACAAAUAUGACACUAUCUUCAUCAGAUUUGAGAAAAGAUGUGGAUGAGGUAGCUGGUAAUGGUCAAUGCUCUUUAAAGAAUGGUGGUCAACUUGACACACAUAAUACAACUAAAUGCCAUGAGGUAGUUGCCCGUGAUGUUUCAGAGAAUUUGCAUUCAAUUAAAACUGGAAGUGAAUUGCAAGUAAAUAUGGAUGUUAAGAUUUGCGACGCGGAGUCUGAAGAAAGUGAUCUGUUCAGACAACACUUUGGCAGUUUAUCAACAACACACAAGACAGAGAUAAGAAAAUCAUCAGCGAGGAGAAGGUACUCCACGAAAUAUGUUGUGCAUCGGGAUUAUCUUGGAGACCGCACUCAACUUUUUGGCACUCCAGUUCUAGAAUUAGCUGGCAAAACCUUGAACUGCCAGGAAGAAGCUGCUAUGCAUGUCAGACUUGAAGAUGCAUCAUUCCAUGUCUUGGAACAACAGAAAAUGGACGAGAAGAACUCAGUCCAAAGCAUGCUGAGACCAAGUUUCACCUCCUCAGAAAGUGAAUUGGCCAAAGGCCCCGUCAUGGGAAGUUCAAAAAACUUCAAAUUGACAGAAGUCAGAGACCAGAAGAAAUGUGCACCCAUAGAAAGCGAGGUCGAUAAAAGAAUACUUGCAUGCAAGGAAGCAUUACUCAGUUUGAAUGCUGCAGCUGAGAACACAGUCGAUUUGUUUUCGACAUUAGGAAUUUUGGGUUCCAGAGAAGAGUUCUCAGGAGAAAGGGGGGCUAAGUUAUAUGAUGAGGCAGCCGAACUACUUCAAUCAAUUACAGGGAAAGUCAAUUCACUGGCCAGAUUGAUGCAAUCUAGGAAUAAUGAUUCUUGUGGAAGCAGAGUGGGUUUUCAGGAAGUCUCUCACGAAAGGCUGAAGGAAAACCUCAACUAACUAAAGUCUGUUUUCCUCACAUAACCAGCCAUCCUCAAGUCUUGUAAAUAAUCACCAUGGAAUUGCCUUUGCUUCCAUGCUUCUCAGCGAAGCUGGGAUGAGAAAAUGUAUUGAAUUAUUAAUGUGAAUGAAUGAAUGAAUGAGAUUAGCAA